UCUCCCAACGAAAUCUCAAAUUAACAAGUCACAAACUCAGAUGAGCAAAACAUUCCUCCACUGAUGUUGUCGCAAUAGCAAUAGCAAUAACAACAAUAAUACAAUAAUCAAAUUCCAAAACCUCACUUCACUUUCAUCUGGGUUUCCAUGGAGCUACUGGCAACCUGUUCCACUUCCUCGUCCUCGUCGUCCUCGUUACUCGGCGCCAAACACACUUUCCCAGCGACACAGCUCAAUCGCCGUCGUUCCAAUCUCCAGUUUAAUGGCAACCGAGCGACGGCAGUAAAAAGCGCUUCUUCUUCUUCUGCGGCGUUGAAUGGGUACGCAGGUUCUUCACGCGAUUUCGGAGCCAACAACAACAACGCUACGAUAACCACCAAAAACAGUACUAGAUUCUACACACGAAUGGAUUCUUGCCUCGUAAUUCCUCCGCCUACUGGGACGAAGCCUCGCGCCGUCGUCAAAUUCUUGGGCGGCGCCUUCAUCGGAGCCGCUCCUGAACUCACUUACAGCUAUGUCAUUGAGCUGUUGGCCAAAGAAGGGUUUCUUGUUAUUUCAGUGCCGUACAACGUGACUUUUGACCAUGCCGAUGCUGCUAAGCAAGUGUACGAAAGGUUCAAUGCGUGCUUGGAUUCAGUCUUGGCAUCUGGGCUUCCUCAGGCCAAUCUUACGCCUGCCCAGCUUUCUGAUCUUCCUCUUUUUUCUGUUGGCCAUAGUAAUGGUGCAUUGCUACAAGUACUCACGGGAAGCUAUUUCUGUGAAAGGAUACCAAAGGCGAAUGUCAUAAUUUCAUACAACAACAGGCCAGCGACGGAGGCAGUGCCUUACUUUGAGCAGUUGGGUCCACUAGUUAGACAAAUCAUGCCGGUUGUAGAAGCAUCUCCAGUUUAUUCGAUGGCUAGAAGUGCCUCAGGGGAUGCAUGGAAGGUGCUAAUUGAUGCAGCUGGAGCAAUAAUACCGAACAAUGAUCAGGAGACUCUGAUUUCAGUUACCAAAUUUGUUGAUCAGUUGCCCUCUGUUUUUAACGAGGUCACUCAAGGGAUAUCGGAGUUCAAGCCCACACCCUCAGAAAAUCGCGAUCGUUGCAAGAAUUCAUACAACAUCAAGCACACACUACUUGUAAAGUUCAGUUUCGACACAAUCGAUGAGACAGAUCUUCUUGAAGAAACAUUGAAGCCUCGUGUGGAUUUUAUUGGCGGAACGCUAGAAAAAGUCGAAUUAAGUGGUAACCAUAUCACACCAUGCAUACAGGAGCCAAAGUGGCAAGUAGGUGAGGUGUACACUCCAGCAGAUGCUAUUGCUCAGGGACUCAAAACUCUUUCCUUGAAUGACAGUAGAGUCCUUGUCAGAACCAUUAGCAACUGGUUCAGACGUUUAGAGGCUUGAAAUGCUCACAAGUCACAGGGUCAUUUACAGUGAUUCUUGACGGGAAUUAAUGGAAGAAUAAAUAGUAUCAUAGAGUCUUGUAGAGUUGCAGGCAAGUAGUAGAGAGGCAUCACCCUUCUUUUCUGUAAUUCCGUGACCACACUGGUCUUCAUCAAACUGACGUGUCCCCAGUGUUCCAGCUAUUAGCUAUUAUCAAUCGAAGCAAAAUAGCAGUGACUUUUUAUGGUGCCUGCAUUCGCUUUGGACACGAUAGAAUUCUGUGGUAGGAUAUAGAAUA